AUGUCAAAACAUCUCCUCCCCUCGCUUCGUGCUCUUUCACGACCUUCUUUUCACAGUAUAGGCGUAUCAAUACCACAAGCAAGAUGUUUCUCCAUGACCAAGCCUACGCGACUGAUGGAGACCUCUGGCUUCUCGGAAGAGCAGAUGGAAGUUCGUGAUGCUAUCUCCAAGAUAUGUUCCAACUUUACAGAUGACUACUGGCUCGAGCACGACCAACAGGAGAAAUAUCCCCAUGAACUACACGCUGCACUGGCAAAAGACGGCUGGAUCGGCAUUGCAUUACCAGAAUCUCUCGGAGGAGCUGGCCUCGGUAUAUCAGAAGCCACCAUGAUGUUGCAGACCAUCUCAGAGUCCGGUGCUGGCAUGGCAGGUGCUCAGUCAAUCCAUGCAAACGUCUAUGCCACUCAACCUGUCGCCAAGUUUGCUACAGAAGAACAACUCCAGCGAAUGCUUCCAAAACUAAUUAGUGGUGAAUGGCGAGCUUGUUUCGGUGUUACGGAACCGAACACUGGUCUGGAAACCCUCAAGCUCAAGACUACUGCCCUCAAAGACGGUGACUUUUACAAUGUGACUGGCCAGAAAAUUUGGAUCUCUUCUGCCCAGGUAGCCACAAAGAUGAUUCUUUUAGCGCGCACUACGCCAAUCGAGGAAGUCGCGAAGCCCUCGGAAGGUCUGUCUCUAUUCUUCAUCGACUUCGACAAGGCACAGCCAGGCCUCGAGUUGAAGAAGAUCCGCAAGAUGGGCGGACGAGCGGUCGAUGCGAACGAAGUCUUCUUUGACAACUACCGCAUCCCAGCCGACUCCCUCAUCGGCAGAGAAGGUCAAGGGUUCAAAAUCGUGUUGCACGGCAUGAAUGCCGAACGCUGCCUCCUAGCAGGCGAAGCACUGGGUCUAGGCUACGCAGCUCUACGCAAAGCAUCACAGUAUGCCAAAGAGCGUAUCGUGUUUGGUCGACCCAUUGGCGUAAAUCAAGGAAUCCAACAUCCCCUCGCUCAAGCAUACAUGCACCUCGAAGCUGCAAAACUGUCUACUUAUCAUGCGGCACGUCUAUAUGACGCAUCCACGACUAAUUCAAGCAUUAGUCAGCAUGCCAUUGGUGUUGCGUGUAACACGGCUAAAUACGUAGCUGCUGAAGCUGCGUUCACGGCUUGUGAGAGAGCGGUCUUGACCUUGGGUGGUAUGGGAUAUGCAGCGGAAUACCAUGUCGAAAGGUACUUGCGAGAGUGUUUUGUGCCCAGGAUUGCGCCGGUCAGCAGGGAGAUGAUCAUGAACUACGUGGCCGAAAAGGCUCUGGGACUACCAAGAAGUUACUAG